CCGCCGCGGCCCACAGCGCAGUUCACGGACGGGCACACGAGCGAGCGAGAGCGCGCAGCAAUGGAGCCCAGCGCGAGGAGAAUGAGUUUAACAACAAAACCCGGAUCGACUUGGAUACUCUGAAUAAUCGCGUUAUACAUACAUGCGCUAUGGACAGCUGAAUGUGACUGCUGCGUUAAGAAGGCGAGAAUUUGGAAAGUUGACGCUAUUGUAACGUCGUGGAUGCUGUUGUGUUGACACCUCCAGACGUCAUCUAGAGCCGUGGAUUUCUUGUUGUUGGUGGUGGUGGUUUAAUUAACCCACACUACCCCUGCUGCAGGGUCCAGGGGUGAUGUUGUCCGUUCUCUCGUACGGUCGACUGGUGGCCCGGGCGGUCAUCGGCGGACUCUCGCAAACCGACAGCCGCGAUUACAGCCUGGUGUCGGCCAGCUUCGGCUUCGGGAAGGAUUUUCGCAAAGGGAUCUUGAAGAAAGGGAUGUGCUACGGAGACGACGCCUGCUUUAUAGCCCGGCACCGGUCUGCUGAUGUGUUAGGUGUGGCUGAUGGAGUAGGUGGCUGGCGGGACUAUGGGGUCGACCCGUCUCAGUUCUCUGGGACACUUAUGAGGACGUGCGAGCGAUUGGUUAAAGAGGGGAGAUUUGUGCCAAGCAACCCAGUGGGAAUCCUCACAACCAGCUACUAUGAGCUACUGCAGAACAAAGUACCACUAUUAGGAAGCAGUACAGCAUGUAUCGUGGUACUAGACAGACAGAGUCACCGGCUCCACACAGCCAACCUGGGAGACUCAGGAUUUCUGGUGGUUCGAGGUGGAGAGGUGGUGCACAGAUCUGAUGAACAGCAGCAUUACUUCAACACGCCUUUCCAGCUGUCCAUCGCUCCUCCUGAAGCAGAGGGCUCUGUGCUCAGUGACAGCCCUGACGCUGCAGAUAGCUCAUCCUUCGAUGUGCAGUUGGGUGACAUUAUCCUCACAGCUACAGAUGGUCUCUUUGACAACAUGCCAGACUACAUGAUUUUACAAGAACUCAAAAAGCUUAAGAAUACCAACUAUGAAAGCAUCCAGCAAACAGCCAAGAGUAUUGCUGAACAGGCCCAUGUUCUAGCAUACGACCCCAAUUACAUGUCUCCUUUUGCACAGUUUGCCUGCGAUAAUGGCUUGAAUGUCAGAGGAGGAAAGCCAGAUGACAUCACCGUUCUUCUGUCAAUCGUAGCAGAGUACACAGACUGACGCCUACGAGGGCUGCAAAAAGCCUCUCUUGUUGUCUUCCUCUCAGUCACAGGACUGGCGGCUGUUUCCUGCUGGCAGGAUUGAGGGCUGUUUGAGUUUGGCUUUUCUGGCAGGGACUCGAAGCCCACAUCUGUUUCCAUGGGUUCUUCAGCCUUACUAGACCGUACUUUCACACGAUGUCGACGUCUGCAAGUAAAAGACCACCUUCAAUGCGGACUGAGUUGUGCUUGACAAGGGCUACAACGGGUGUCCAACACUUCUCCAGUACGUCUAUAAGAAUGUUCCUGUCGUCCAGUGAUGAGUUGAUGGUGUCGAAGGGGUUGAAAGGAGCCAAAAAUGGAGAAAGAAUGAGGAGAAAACGAAGCAGAAAGGAAUACCAGGCUGAUUAGCGACAAGCGUAGGGUGACCAUAUACAGUUGAAUUAUAAGCCCUCCUGAAAAUUUGCCUCAAACCCCCCCCUGUACAUUUUUUCAACACAUUUCUAAUCAUAAUAGUUUUAAUAACUCAUUUCUAAUAACUGAUUUAUUUUAUCUUUGCCAUGAUGACAGUAAAUAAUAUUUGACUAGAUAUUUUUCAGGACACUUCUAUACAGCUUAAAGUGACAUUUAAAGGCUAUUAGGCAAGUUAGGAUAAUUAGGUAAGUCAUUGUAUAACAGUGGUUUGUUCUGUAGACAAUUGGGGAAAAUAUUGCUUAAGGGGGCUAAUAAUAUUGACCUUAAAAUGGUUUUAAAAAUAUUAAAAACUGCUUUUAUUCUAGCCGAAAUAAAGCAAAUAAAAAUUUCUCCAGAAGAAAAAAUAUUAUAGGAAAUACUGUGAAAAUUUCCUUGGCUAAACAUCAUAUGGGAAAUAUUCGAAAAAGAAAAACAAAUUCACAGGAGGGCGAAUAAUUUCGACUAUAACUUUUAUUUACUAGACACGUCUUCCUUUUUAGGUCUUAAAAAGUGCAUCAGGCUGCGAUUUCUAAGUUUCCUAAAAUGCCCAGAACUUAGCGUUUGCUUUCUGUAGUCGUCAUUAAUUGUAUGCUGUUUUGCAUUGUCUUAUACCUUUCUUUUUAAGACUGAUUUUAUACUUUGGCAUGGCUCUGCAGCUGACUCGAACACACAGGCAUGUGUAGAGGCUUUCACAUUUGACGCUCAAUGUUGUACUAUUAUUUGUAACAGCUUAAUUUGACUCGGAGUAACAGUCAUGGCUAAACAGUGGGGAAGAAAUAGUCAGUGCGUGGAGUUGCUAAAUGAAAUAAUUUAAUUAUAUAUAAUAUGAAUAGGUUGUGGAUAAAUUUGCAGGACACUCAUGAAAAGAUUUGUCAUGCCUUGUUACACGCCACCAUUGGUUGGUUAUGUAAAAACAUUGGCCUGAAGCAUAAAAGUAAAGGUGAAAUAAUAUAUAUUUCUUUUUUUCUUUAUUUCAACUGAUUUAAAUUUUACUAUAAGCCAUAGAAAACAAACCGUGUCAUGUCUAGGGCUGCACGAUACUGGAAAAAUAUGCGAUAUUGCUGUUAUGUAUUGCGAUAACAAUAUUUCUUACCAUCUAAUAUUUCUCUAGAAAAACGCUGUUUUUAUUAGCAAUGUUUUUAUAUCAUUUAUUUAUUUAAUGAUAUUAAGCACUUUGAGUUUACAAAAAGUGCAUCACAAAUAACAUUAUUAUUAUUAAUAAUAAUAAUAAUAAUAAUAAUAAUAAUAAUAAUGAAAUAACAGGUAAAAGAUAUUCUUCAGAUCUAAUUAAUUCUAAUUCAGACUAAAAAAAAACUGUCAAGAUGCAAACAUGCAGCCUUUAAAACACUUUGCAUGAGUAAAAACCUCAGCAGAUAUUCUGACUCUGAUUGACUGUUGUCAUUUUCCUCUCUCCUAUUGACUCCCACCAUUAGUGUUUAAUUUCAGCUCUGGGUUCACCUUCUAGCCAAUAGCAGAACAGCAAUACUGAGGAGGUGGGGAUAAAGAUAGUACAGCCCUAUCUGAUUGGUCAAAUUUAGAUUUACAUACUCUCAAAAAUAUUUUUGAUGCUCGAUCAAACUACUUAUUAAAUCUUUAAGUUGAACCAUCACUGAAUUCCUAAAAUUUGUUUGCCACAACUUAAUUGUUUUAUGUUCAAUCUACAUAAAUUUAUAAAAACGAUUAAGUUAACUUAAUUGACUUGUGUUGGGACAACAUGAAGGGACUGUGUGGAACCCUGCAUUUUUUACAGUGCAUAUUGCAUCUACGAUUAUCACGAUAAUGAUAAUUUUGUGAUAUAUUGUGCAGCCCUAGUCAUGUCAAAGCUGUUAAAUGCUAAAAAAUGUAGUUUUUAUUCUAUUGUUGAGGGCUAAAAGUUUAAAUAAAAGUAUGUUAUUAAUUUAUGCAGUGUUUUUCUGCAUAUAUAAUUAUGAGGUGGCCACCUCAAUCAAUUUUGUACCACCUCCGUUUGUUGACAAUAAUCAACUAGGCAGUAACAGUUACAGACAGACCCCAAAGUGUGUGUUUAAUUACAUUUAGUGUUAGCCUUUUGAAAUAAUACAAUGUUUUACUUGAUAAAAUUAAAAGAAUAAUGCAAACUUAGUUUGUUUCAAGUCCCCAAAAUUUAAUUGGGAUAGCACUCCCUUCUUUUUUUUUGAGGAAAAAACUCUGCUAUAUGUGUUAUUUCAAUAUACAGUUAAGGUCAGAAUUAUUAGCCCCCUUGUUUAUUUUUUCUCCAAUUUCUAUUUAACGACGAGAAGAUUUUUUUUCAACACAUUUCUAAACAUAAUAGUUUUAAAAACUCAUUUCUAAUAACUGAUUUAUUUUAUCUUUGCCAUGAUGACAGUAAAUAAUAUUUGACUAGAUAUUUUUCAAGACACUUCUAUACAGCUUAAAGUGACAUUUAAAGGCUUAAUUAGGUUAAUUAGGCAGGUUAGGGUAAUUAGGCAAGUCAUUGUAUAAUGAUAGUUUGUUCUGUAGACUAUCGAGAAAAAAUAUAGCUUAAAGGGGCUAAUAAUAUUGACCUUAAAAUGGAUUUUAAAAAAUUAAAAACUGCUUUUAUUCUAGCCUAAAUAAAACAAACAAGACUUUCUCCAGAAGAAAAAAUAUUAUCAGACAUACUGUGAAAAUUUCCUUGCUCUGCUAAACAUAAUUUGGGAAAUAUUUAAAAAGGAAAACAAAUUCAAAGGGGGGCGAAUAAUUCUGACUUGAACUGUAUGUGUAAGUUUCACAGCUUCAAUGCACUUGUCAAUGACAAUCCCACUUCACAGUCCUUUUUCCAAAAUAAAAUAUGGUCACCCUAGACAAGCAUCCCAAAAAAGAAAGUUUCCUCAUCAAGAAAAAGCAUUGAGAUGAAAGCCAUGGGAGUGUUUAAAACUGCUGAAAGAGAGUGGCAGAUGCUCUCAGAACACUUGAGAUGGCAUGUUUUGCCUGUUUACGUUCCAUCUAAAAGAGACACCCGAUCUUUAUAUGCUCUGGACAGUACAUUAGGCAUGAAUGACUACUACAGACUCUUCACUAGCUGAUGGAUUGUUUGUAUUUCGGAGAGUACAUUUAAGUCAUUAUGUAACUUUACAGUGCUAGACUGAUUAUGAUGCUUAACAACAUCGAAAUACUGUCAAAGUUACUGUUCAACCAUAGAAAUGCCUUUCUUCUGAUAUAUUAAUUCAUCAACGAUUCUCAGUUCUCAUUAUGUGGAAUGAGAGUUGGGUGUUUUGUGCAAGCGAUUUGAAAGUAUAGAGUAAAUUACUAAGUUCUGAUUUGUUUGCUUGGGGAGAUGGGAAACUUUUCCCUUUAUAUUUAUUAAUUUAAAACAGUAUUACUCCACCCGUUUGAGUUUUUAACAAAGCAGCGUGGCAGACUGCAAGGGAUUGUGGGAUGUGUUGACUGGGGAAAAAAAGUCCCACUUAAACCACUUUUUAAGAGGUUCACAUGCUUGUGGUGUGUGCGAGAGAGAGUGUGUGUGUGUGUCUAUGCGAGAUGGGAUCGUGUAUGAUGUGUAGAUAUUUGGAUAACUGGCUGUAUAUUUAUGUAUGACAUGUAUGCAUCUGGAAAGUGUAGACUCCUACAUGUCUGAUGUAUAUGAGAGUAUAUUUGAUAAUUGUGUGGAUUGUGUAAAAUAUUUUUCUUGCUUUUGUUUUGUAAAUUUUAAUUUUAAAAUAUCCCUUGAGGUGUUUACGCACAAAGCUAAUGCUAGCAUCUGUGAAUGCUUUCAGUGGGUAUGUCAUAGAUCACAUGAUCGAAAUAAAGCUAUAUUUUUUAUAA